ACAAGGUAUGAAUGUGCUGCUGUGUGCUUCAGAACCAACCCAAGAGCAAAUAUCUUACCCUUAAAACAACAGUAUCAGUUGCUUAGUGAAUGUGGGAACUUGUCCAAUCAGGAAAAGUGUAAGGAUUUAUAGGAUUAUUGGUUAAGCCAAUAUGUUUUUUGGUUUGGUUUGAUUUUUUCUGAUACAAUGGGGCUACAAUAUGUACAUUGUUCAAUAUAAGGAAAGGUUGGGUAAUAUGACGAACAUUGCAAAAUUCAAGAGUACUCUUUUUUCUUAAUAAACUCUGCUGAAGUUGCACAAACAGGCAUUGCAAAACAGAUAUGGGCAUAUUUAUCCUUAUUCAAAAAAUGUAAGCACUUCCUGAUUUCUCUGUUGGUGCAAUCAUUAAAAGACAUAUAUAUAUAUCAGAGACAAGAUACCACACAUCUCUCACUCAGAGAGAAAGCUGGCAAGGCAAGAUGAAGCCUUGGGCUGGUUUCCACCUGAUUUUCCUGGUUGCUAGUUCAAAUUAUGGCACUGGAGGAGCCCAGGACACUGAAGCCACUUGCUGUGCACAGCUGAAGGGCUUAACACAAUGUGGAACGGACAAGAUUGUUCUCCAAGGUCAGGCUGGGAUACCUGGAAUUCCAGGUGUGUCAGGAACAAAUGGAUCACCGGGGCUAAAGGGUGACUUGGGUCCUCGGGGGCCCCCAGGUGAAAGAGGAUCUGCUGGGGUAACUGGAAAAGCUGGACCGAAAGGAGACAAAGGAGGCAGAGGUGACAAAGGUGACAAAGGAGAUGCCUGCAGCUUAGACAAUUGUCAACUGAAAGAGACAGAAGCCAGAAACUGCAAGGACCUCCUGGAACGUGGGGAGACUCUGAGUGGCUGGUACAUAAUCUACCCAACCAAGGGGAACCCAAUGCUGGUUUUCUGUGACAUGGGGACAGAUGGAGGAGGCUGGUUGGUCUUCCAGAGGCGGCAGGAUGGAUCUGUGGAUUUCUACCGUGACUGGGAAUCAUACAAGAAAGGAUUUGGGAUGCAAGAAUCAGAAUUCUGGCUGGGCAAUGAUAAGAUCCAUCUUCUCACCAGUUCUGGAACACAGCAGUUGAGGAUUGAUCUGGAAGAUUUCAGUGGUUCCAAAACCUUUGCAAAAUAUUCCAGUUUCAGAAUCACAAAUGAAAGUGAAAACUACAAAUUAACGUUGGGUUCCUAUUUGGAUGGCAACAUGGGUGAUUCUCUCUCAGGACACAAUGACCAUGCAUUCUCUACCAAAGACAGAGACAAUGAUAUCUAUGAUGGAAAUUGUGCUGUAAGUUUCAAAGGAGCCUGGUGGUACACCAAAUGCCACUCUUCCAACCUGAACGGCCUGUAUCACAAAGGGGAACAUACUUCUUAUGCUGAUGGCAUCAAUUGGCAUUCUGGGAAGGGGCAUUAUUAUUCUUACAAGUAUACGGCUAUGAAAAUUAGACCACAAUAAAUGAAACUACAGUUUCACAGAUUCAUCAACAUGACCCAAAAUGAUUAUUCUUCUCUAUUCUCUUCUGGAAAAAAAUAAAUAAAUGCAGCAAAUGUUUAAAACGUCUUCUUUGUGUGAUUUUUCUCUCUUGUAAUAAUCCCUUUUUUAUUUACAGUAGAUGGGGAUGGAGUUCAAACCCUUUUCCUUCUUACUUUUUCCAAUUUUUUUCCUGAGGAGAGAGGUGUUCCUUCAUUUGCUACAAAGCUGACGUUUAUUGAUCUAUAAGCCAUAAGUAGGUAAAGUAACACAAUAGUUUCUACUCAUUUGUGUAUCUGUGCUUCAUGAAUUAAGUUCAGCAAAAGGAUUUACUUGGACCUCUGUCUUGGGUAAAGCACCCUUGGAAAGUUUUCACAAACUGAUUGCCUUAAAACAACUAAGUUGGCAGAAGCAAUACCAGAGAUAACUGUGUCAGUGUUUUUUAUGCUCAAGGAAAUUUGACAAAGCAUGUAACUCAGAUAAACCCGAGAAUCAAUUUAUAAGGAGAAAAAUUAUCUUGCUUCCUUCCAGCUGCUGAUUCAGUCACAUCAUUCACACUCAAUACAAAGUCUAACUCACUAAAUAAAUAGCUCUGAUUUAUUGUUUCUGUGGCAUUUUACCUUAUCUGUAUGAUCAUUACAUGUUUUUCUGAAGGACCCGGUGUUUUACAAAAGUUGCAAUCUUUGGGAAAGUGUUUU